UUACUGUUUUGCGUUAUUCUGUAGUAAUUAACUGCGAGAACUGAUACUUUUGGAGCGUGAAGAGGAUUUAAAAUCAGAAAGAACUGGCUUAUCGUAGUGCACCGAGAGAAGUGCCUUGUAACACGGAGAGCGAGCACGAUGCAGGAACCGGACGUGGAUGUGUUGCGGGCGUUCAUAGUGGAACCGCAGAUUCCGCUGAAUGAUCCGAAGCGGUUCUACCAGCCACGCCAACCGACCCUCGAACAGCUCUACGAAAUACCGCCCGCACCGAUCGGUAGCCGGAUCGUGGCGAACCGUUGUGCCGAGAUGGGGCACUUGCUGGACUUUGUCGAGGUCACGAUUGCGGAUGCGGGUGCAAAUGCGAAAAACUCAAUGUCCCUGCAGCGGGAACCGGUGGAGGGAGAAUCGGCCCGUGGGUCCGCCUCGUACUUUCCAUUUUGGCCCGGCGGGUUCGAGGCCCCGGAGACAAUGAUCAAAACGGUCGCAUCUGUGGACGGCGGCGAUGACGGUGCCCUGCUGUUCGACGAGAACAAUUUGAAAUCCUGUCCACCCGGGUUUACGAAUGGAAUCGAGUUUGCCAAGAGUGGCACCAGUGGCAGUGGCAAUCGCAGUGCGGCGGAUGGUGACACGCAGACUGGAGCAGUGGUGGAUCUUUUGUCUGCGAUCGAGGACGAGGAAGGGUUUGUGCUGUUGGCGGAGAAGGAUGAUCCAGUGGCCACAAUGCAGCAUGAGUCCCGGUCGGAGGGCAAGACCGGAACGGCUCUAGAGAUCGGUGAAGGCGACGAGGAAGAGCUGUUAGCCACGGAAGGGGUACAGCACAGGACGGCACCUGUUCUGAACAUUUCGGCCAACACUGGCACUAACCUGCAGUCGGCCGAAUGGGCCGAAAUACUAGACAUUUCGAAACCGGUCGAUGACUUUUACGUCAAGAUACCGGCGAUGGCACACCGGUUCCCGUUCGAGCUGGACAUCUUCCAGAAGCAGGCCAUACUGAAGCUCGAGGAGCACAGCCACGUGUUUGUGGCGGCUCAUACAUCCGCCGGCAAGACGGUGGUGGCGGAGUACGCGAUCGCCUUGUCCAAGAAGCAUCUGACAAAAAGCAUCUACACGUCCCCGAUCAAGGCCCUGUCGAAUCAAAAGUACCGGGAUUUUAAGACCACGUUCCAGGAUGUCGGUCUGAUGACGGGAGACAUCCAGAUCGAACCGACCGCUUCCUGCUUGAUCAUGACGACGGAAAUCUUGCGCUCGAUGCUGUACUGUGGCAGUGACAUUACGCGUGAUCUCGAGUAUGUGAUCUUCGACGAGGUGCACUACAUUACGGACUCCGAGCGUGGCCAUGUGUGGGAAGAGGUGCUGAUCCUGCUGCCCGAUCACGUUUGCAUCGUCAUGCUGAGUGCCACCGUGCCCAAUACACUGGAGUUUGCAAACUGGGUUGGCAAGACGAAGCAGAAGCGUGUAUACGUGGUAAGCACGGCGAAGCGGCCCGUACCACUCGAGCACUAUCUGUACACCGGCUUUGGCGGGAAGUCGAAGAGCGAUUGCUUCCUGAUCGUGAACGAACACAGUGCGUUCACGCAGGAAGGUUACCGGAAAGCCAAAGAGUGCAUGGAAGUGAAACAGUCCAAAGCAUCCGGCGGUGGUGGUGGUGGUCAGGUGAUGCGAAACCAGAAACGCACGGGACCGUACAGCCAGAAGCAGGAGCAAACGCUCUGGGUUGGGUUGAUCCACUACUUGAAGAGCCAGGACAAGCUACCGGUGGUGGCGUUUACGCUGUCGCGGAAUCGUUGCGAUAGCAACGCGGAUGCCCUGCUGUCCUGUGACUUGACGACGGCUCGGGAAAAGUACGCAAUCAAUUCUUUCUUCCAGCUGUGCCUCCACCGGCUCAUUCCACCGGAUCGUGCGCUACCCCAGGUACGGCAGAUGCAGAGCUGCCUCGAGCGUGGUAUCGGCAUCCACCACAGCGGUAUUUUGCCGAUCUUGAAGGAGAUCGUCGAGAUGCUGUUUGCCCGCGGACUGGUGAAAAUCCUGUUCGCGACAGAAACGUUUGCCAUGGGCGUUAACAUGCCGGCAAGGACGGUUAUCUUUGAUAGUACGCGCAAGUUCGAUGGCCAGUGUGUGAGGCCACUGCAACCGUCCGAGUAUACGCAGAUGGCGGGACGUGCGGGUCGCCGUGGAUUGGACAAGACCGGUACGGUCAUUAUCAUCUGCAAGAACGAUGUACCGGCCGAGAGCGAGCUGAAGACGAUGAUUAUGGGUAAACCGGUGCGGUUGGAGUCACAGUUUCGGUUAACGUACGCCAUGAUGCUGUACCUGUUGCGCGUAGAGUUGGUGACGGUGGAGAACAUGAUGCUGCACAGCUUCCGGGAGUUUGGCAAGCGGCAACAGCUGCCACAGAGCAAACGGGAGCUCACCAAGGUUCAGGAGAAGGUAUCGCGACUCAAUAAGCUCGGCGAUCAUCUGCAACCGCUCUGUGAUUUUUACCAUGCGGCGGAGGAGAUCA